CCCCUGUCCCUGGUGCCUUGUGACCCCACGAUCCAGCAAUGCCACGCUGCAGUCCCUGACACCCCCGUGUCCCCAUCUCCCAUGCCACCCUGCUGUCACCCUGUGUCCCUGACCUUCACGUGUCCCCUGUUUUCACUCUCCCUGCCCACUGUGGUGCCCCCUUGACACCUCUGUGUCCCCACCACCGCACCCCCGGCUGCUGCCCCGUGUCCCUGCCACCCCCGUGUCCUCCCAUCAUGGCAGCGCCCCAUGCCCAGGGAGGAGCAGGAACUGUGGAUCUGUGUCCCCGUGGUGCCACCCUGCUGUCCCUGACACCCCGUGUCCCCACGCCCCCAUGCCCAGGGAGGAGAGGGAAUCGUGGAUCCGCGCCAAGUACGAGCAGCGGCUGUUCCUGGCACCGCUGCCCGCGGCCGAGGCGCCGCUGGCCGAGCGGCUGCUGGGGGCCGUGCGGGAGCAGGACCUGCCCGCGGUGCUGCUGCUCCUGGCCCACAGCCACAAGGACCAGCUCAACGUGGCCAUGGGGGACACGGACCGGCGCACGGCGCUGCACCUGGCCUGCGACACCGCCCAGGUGGUCGUCACCCAGCUGCUGGUGUGGUACGGGGCCGAUGUGCGGGCACGGGAUGGCCACGGCCGCACCGCGCUGUUCUACGCCCGCCGCGCCGGCAGCCGCGAGUGCGCCGACAUCCUGCUGCAGCACGGCUGCCCCGGCGAGGGGCCCGGCAGCCCCCCGACCCCCGGCAGCCCCCCGACCCCCGGCCCUCCGACCCUCGGCGGCCCCCCGACCCCCGGGCCCCGCCGCCGCAGCAGCUGCGCCAGCGUGGGCCCCUGCGAGCCCCGGUCCGCCCUGGUAUAGCCCUGAGGGGCCCGGAGCCCUCCGGCCCUGCCCGCAGCCCGGGGUCACCGCGGUGCCACCCCCGGGGUCAUCCCGGUGCCACUCUCGGGGUCACCCCUUGCCCACGGUUUGUAUUUUUGAUGCUCUAUUUAUUAUCCUUUCCAUGUCGGGGUCUCCGCUGGUCCUGUCCCCCUCUCCGUGCCAGGGACCCCCAUGCCGGGGGUCACAGUGCCACGCUGCCACCCAGGUCCCCUUCCUGUCCCCUCCCCGGGGUAUUGUGCCCCAGCGUGGGGUGGGCACAGCUGGGGUCGGGGCACUGAAGACGGGGUAACCCCUGCCCAUGUCACUCCUUGCCCGUGCCAUCCCCUGUCCCUGUCACCCCUGCCCGUGUCACCCCACUUGUGCCAGCACCCUGCGCGUGUCACCCUCUGCCCCCUCCCUUGCCCCCUGCUCACAUCACUCUGUCCUACCCCCAUCCCCGUUCCCCCCGCGCUGUGUC